CACUGAUAGGUGGCACUGAUUGGCAACACUGAUAGGUGGCACUGACUGGAAUUGAUAGGUGGCACUUACUGGCACUGAUAGGUGACACUGAAAGUUGAUGUGCACUGGUAGGUACUAAUAUGUGGCAUUGAUGAGGCACUGAUGGACACUGGCAGGUGGCAUUGAUGGGCAAUGACAGCUGGCACUGAUGGACACUUACAGGUGGCACUGCUGGGGCUACACUGAUCAUCAGGGCACACUGGUCAUCAGUGCCCUGAUGAUCACUGUCAGCGUGACAGCUCGUGGGGAGAGAAAUGCUGAUAACCGGCAUUUCCCUAUUUACAUGAGAUCA